GAGGAGGGGCACGAGGGGUUCUCACAGCCUGCAGGGCCGACGCCGGGGCGUGCGCGCGCCACGCCGGGCGCGCCGCCGGCAGCGCGGAGGCCGCCGCCUCUGCCGCUCGGCAGGCGUCGCCCGCGGCUGCGGUGGAUCUUGCGCUGCUCUCGGCCUCAAAAGGAGCUGCAUGUGCGGGUCGGGACGAGGCCUCACGCCCUCGACGGGCGGCUACGGCCGGGCCUUCUUGGAGGCGCGCAGCGCCUGCAGGCACACGCCCAGCUUGGAGAUGGCGUCCCUGAUGUUCUCGACCGUCGCCGCGUAGGACAGGCGCAGGCAGCUGGGGGCGCCGAAGGCGUCGCCAGGCACCAGCGCCACGCGAUAUACUCGGAGAGCAGGUGCAAGCAGAGUUUCGUGGAGCCGUCGAUCUCCUCGCCGCUCUCCGUGCACCUGCCGAAGUAG